GCCUGCUGUGGCGGCGGCAAUAUGGCGGACGUGCUGAGCGUUGGGGUGAACCUGGAGGCCUUUUCCCAGGCCAUCAGUGCCAUCCAGGCGCUGCGCUCCAGCGUGAGCAGGGUGUUCGACUGCCUGAAGGAUGGCAUGCGGAACAAGGAGACGCUGGAGGGCCGGGAGAAGGCCUUCAUUGCGCACUUCCAAGACAACUUGCAUUCAGUGAACCGGGACCUCAAUGAGCUAGAACGCCUGAGCAACUUGGUGGGCAAGCCGUCUGAGAACCAUCCUCUCCACAACAGUGGGCUGCUAAGCCUGGAUCCUGUGCAGGACAAAACUCCUUUGUAUAGUCAACUCCUUCAAGCAUAUAAAUGGUCCAACAAGCUGCAGUACCAUGCAGGUCUGGCGUCUGGCCUUUUGAAUCAACAGUCAUUGAAGCGUUCUGCUAACCAGAUGGGAGUAUCUGCUAAGCGUCGACCGAAGGCUCAACCCACAACUCUUGUCCUACCGCCUCAGUAUGUCGACGAUGUGAUCAGCCGCAUCGACAGGAUGUUUCCUGAAAUGUCCAUCCAGUUGUCCCGACCCAAUGGGACGUCAGCGAUGCUUCUGGUGACCUUGGGGAAGGUGUUGAAAGUGAUCGUCGUCAUGCGGAGCCUGUUCAUUGAUCGAACAAUAGUAAAGGGGUAUCAUGAAAACGUCUACACAGAAGAUGGCAAGCUGGAUAUAUGGUCCAGAUCCAACUACCAGGUGUUCCAGAAGGUGACAGACCACGCCACCACGGCCCUGCUCCACUACCAGCUGCCCCAGAUGCCUGACGUUGUGGUCAGGUCCUUCAUGACGUGCAGCUCAAGAUGGCAACAGCCCCAGACCGCCGCUCCAGUGACGUGCUGGAGCCAGCCUCUGCUGCUCCUGGUUAAAUGUUUAGAAUUUGGCAAGCUGGUCAUUCACCCAUUGGAAGCUUGAAAUCCAUCCUGGUGGGAAUGUUUACACCGCAGAAAGUGGCAAAUGCCGCCGGCCGGAGCGUCCACACCCAGAGCCAGUUCCCAGCAUUGUCCCCUGACCACCAGGCAGCGUGGGCAGAGCUGACAGACGCAGAGCUGACGGGGCUCCCAGACUCACAUCGCUCAUGGCUCCGCCUUUCACCGCGGCCAGCGUCCCUGUGUUCCUCGUGCUAAAAGGCUGCCUGUCAGCACAUCUGGGUGCACGUCGGCCGCCAGGGCGGCAUUGCUCACCCAGGUCAUCGUUGUGUGGGCGUCAGCAGUGGCAGCCGCUCAGGACACCAGCGCUCGGCAGGGGCCGUGGAGCCAUCUCUGUUCAGGGACAACCCCGGUGACGGUCUGGAGUGAGAUCUCGGUUUCAGGGUGACAGACUUGCUUUUCACCCAAGCAUGUUGUCAGGCCCAGCUUCCUUUCGGUUCCUGACUUUGGAGUUUGGGGGGACCUGCAUCUGCUCAACCCCAAAGGACGAACGGUUUGCCUGGCUGCUCCGUGACAUCCUCGUGUUUAUUAGAAACCCCCGCACCUUGGGGAGGAACCCAGGUAAUGGGGCUUGGCAGCUGAGCAGGAUGGCACGAUCCGCGUCAGGAAACUUGGCGACCCUUCUAAUAAGGGUUGUCUGUGACCGACGUGCUUCAGGGGGACAUCACGUGACAAG